CGCACCAUUCUUGAGAACACCGCCCACUGUGAAACCAAACGCAGCGUUGAACGCGCAGAGACGAGCUAACGGUGCUAACUCACUUUAACCCGAGCUAAGACUAGUCUAGUUGUUUGUCACGUGCGGAGUCAGCCAGCAGCUUCCCGGGUAACUAGCCGGUGACUCCGUGUGUAACAGCAGGAAGCCAUGUGUAUAACACGGGUCAGUUCCAGCUGUUGUUUUGCUCUCCUCCUGGGUUAAUGUCUGUUGUUGUUUGGCCUGCUGCACGUUAGCCUAGCUUCACUAGCCUCUUAGCCUCCGCUGGUUCCUGGAGCUCAUCACGUCCCACAAAGGGCGAGGGGGGAAAUGACAAACCUCGGCAGCUGAUAACUUCAUACAGCCGGAGUGUCGCCAGGAAGACAACUUGUGUCUUUUUGACCAGGGAUCAGCGAGUUAUUCCCCAACUAUGAGAGCCUCAGCUCAGUGACAUCACACAAACAUGGAGCUGUACUGGUACAUAGUUGUCAUCGUAUUCAUCAUCAUCAAGAUAUUCUUCUAUGUGUGCUGGUACCGAUCCAGACAGAGGCAACUGGCGGCCUACCUGAGCAACCCACGCAAUGCCCAGAUAGUCAUAGUUGGAGGAAGAGCAUACCUCCAUCAGAUGUGUGAGAGACAGAGUCAAACAUCUGUGUGGCCUAGCUGGUAUGGUGUUCAGGAUGAACUGUCAAUAGAGGAGCCCUCCACGACGCUGCCGCCCGCAUCAUCCGUCUCCCAGCUCGACAUGCCACCACCAUAUGAGGCCGUCUCUGGAGAGGACGACCUCAAGCCCCCUCCCUACAGCGAGUGUGCCCAAGCCGACGAGGCCGACGCCCCCUGUCCCUCCCAUUACACUCCUCUCAUUUCUGAGGAAGGAGACUCGUCCAGCAUAAACGAAGCCCCACCUCCCUACACAGCGUCCCCCUUCACACAAGUCAGUCUACAAGACGGCCCGAUUAGCCUAAGUGAGUGCGAGUCGGCGAGCAGGUUCGCUUAAUCGAUCCCCGAUGCCAGUUUGCCUUUUCCAUGCACUGCCUUCCUACAUUCAACCUCAGUGAUCGUCGCCAGCCUAACUCUCGUCACAUGAGAGCAGAAGUUUAUUUCGAUGCAAGUGUGUGCGUGUGUGUUUGGUGGUUUUCAGAGCCAACUUGUUUUUCUACUUCGUAUUGUUGUCAUCAAAAAAGUGGUCAUCUGACGAGCGUGGCGAAAACAGAUGACAACAGCAAGCCUGUGUGCCUCAGUCAGGACCGCAGAACCUGCCUCCCAGCUAGGAUGAGGAUAAUACCCUCGACUCAAAGCUCACAGGAUAUCGCCGAGCUACAGAUAAGCAGAGAGACACAGAGACUUUAAAGUGUGUUUUCUUUUUUUUUUAUAUUUCUUUCUCCCAAGUUUUCUGUUCGUCUGAGGCCACUUCCUUUCACAGAUUAAUUCACUUUAAAAGCGGGGGAAGUUGGGGCAAUUAGAGGCUUGACAGUUGUUAGCACUGGCUGCUGGGAUACACAUUACUUCAUGCUUGUGUGUUGACACUGUUCUCAAAACAAUAACUCAACAACAGUCUAUGGUGGAAAACUCGUAGCGUCUCAAAUUCGUGGCGUCUAAUGAUGUACAUGUGGACGUUAAAUGAACAGUCUCAACUUCUUCAAACAGUUUGCACAUUUGUUAUGCGCAGACAAAGACGUAUUUGGUAACGAAAUGCACUGCCCAUCUUAAAGAAUGACCUCGUUAGCAUCACUGCUGUUGUUUAAUACAUCAGCGUGAUUAUCACUCUGGGACAUUAUCAGGCGACUCCAGUGCUUAUUACGUCUGAAUGGAAGUGGGCGAGCAGGAAAGGGGAACACAUUGAUGAAAUAAACGGAAAUAGACAAGAGAUUGUUCUCUGUUGAUUGUCACCGUUCCUGCCCCGGGUUCUUCUCUGUUCCUGCUCUACAUUAACACCUACGUGCCAGGAUGCAAGGUUCUGUACAAACAUCUAGUUUGGUCUUUCUUAAAGGGUCCCUUUAAGUUCAGCCCUGGUGUUAACAUCCGUCCUGUGAGUUCUGAUCCCACGUGGACGGCGUGAAGGUCGUCUCUUCACGCCUGACUUUAAAUUACGUCCUGAAUGCGUCUCCUGUGACCACUUGUGAUAUGAUCGCACCUCCCCGCUCUAUAUGCAAAUAAUCAUGUCAUUUCUGUUCGCAAAGACCAAAUCAUGUUGUUCAAAUCAUGUAAAUAUGUGUCUACUUGUUUAUGUUACAUCUUUAGGACCCUUUUCAGACGAGUCGACCUCAUGGAGACCAAAGCCUGGUCCUAAUGAGGCCAAAUGUCAUAUCUAAGGUCCUGGUGAAGGUUUGGGGUAAUAUGAACUUUGUGGUUUAGGGUUUGGUAUGAAUUAUUCAUGGUUAAGUUUAGGGAUAUAGGCUUUGGUUUGGCUGCCCACAAUGAUUGGAAGUCAAUGCAUCGUCCUAAUAAGGAUAGCUGCGCGCGUGUGUGUGUGUGUGUGUGUGAGAAAUCACUGCACAUCUUUACAAAUCAAUCUGAUUCUAACAACUGGAUCGUCAUUUUGUGGCCAUCAGUAUUGAUAAAUUAUCAUUGACCACAAAUAAGUCAAUAUCUGAAACACUGAGAAGCGAAUGAUUGGAUCGCAAAUGUGUCCUCAAUGCUUCUGUAUGCGUUCACAUCUGUAUUUAGGGCUCGUGAUCACAUCAGCCAUGACAGAUGUGACAGAUUCCAGGUCUGAACAGUUUCAGUCCUUGAACUCAUGACAACACAUUUUCUGUAGUUGUUGACCCAGUUGUCGGAUCAGAUUUGAUGUUGUGAAUUGUAAUAUUCAGUUUGGAUGAUGUGUUACAAUCCUGAUACAAAACCCGCACGGCUUUCUGCUUAUGCUCUAAAGUCAUCGACAAAACUCAGUUAUCACUUCUUUUCUUUUUUUUUUAUAUGAAAACGACCCAAAAGCAAACGACCCAUCAUCUUCUGUUCUUCGUCAUCCUCAUGUGAAUCUACCACAGGCUGGUAGAGGUCAGUCAGCCAACUGUGUGUAUUUCCUCUCCUGUGUUUUCUGUUUAUAGUAUUGCUUUUGGAAAAGGUUAUUACUGUGCUCUUUGCUUUUUAUGUGUAACUGCAUUUCAGAUAAGUCGGUAUAAUGAUGAUGCUCCACUUCUCAUGUUUUGUUUCCGCAAAAAUAUAAUCUGUGUACAGUUUCUGAUAAAAAAAGAAAAGCAAUUAAAUGCUGUAUAAACAUAUUUUUGGGCCUGUUGGGAAACUAUAUAAAUAUAUAAAGAAUCUGAAAAUGUCAACGGAAUGUGUUACAAUGAUAAUCGUCCGUAUUGUGAUGACAAAUCGUGGAGCAUCCGUCACUGAUGCGCUCCACACAAUCUCUCCUGUGGUUAUACAAUCUGGAUGAUGCGACUGAGAAGCUGCGUUUACACGACACAGCUCGUAUAAGCACACGGCCUUGAACUCGGUUGACAUCACUAUAGCAGCAGCACGAUGAAGGCUGACCACCCAAACUUUAGUGUUACAGGCGUCCACUGUAAUCUGCGACCUGUUUGUCCACUUCAUGUUCAUUACUGUGGUGGGUGACCUGUCAGAUCUCUUCAGUGAGUAGCUUUGUGAGUUGAGGGGAUUUUCUUUUUUGUCUGAUUUUUUUGGGGAAUGUGUCUUCUGUAUUAAACUGUUGUUCAUAA